CGCUGUUCCCCGUAACAUAACGGCACAUGUCAAAAAGUGCAACUUCGUACGAUGCGUAAAACUUGUUGUUGUAGCAUACGCUCCAUUAUUGAAAAUUAAACUAUAUUUAUCAAUAACGAUGCGUAAACGUGACAUUAUUCGCCUUUGGAAUCAGGUUGUGGACCAAACGGGCAUCGACAAAUACACGGACAGACAGUGGCAGGAAAUUUACGAAGAAUUCCUGAAUUCCAUGUACGAUAACAAUGAACCCUAUAUAAGUGUUCAAAGUGUGGAAAAGUUAGUGGAUGAGCUUGAGGAGAAUAUGGAAAUUUCAAAAAGUUUGAAUACAAGCUCCGAUAUAGAUGAUGAACCGCUGUCGGCAUUAAAAAAUCGUCUGAAAGAUAAAAUCAAAGUGGAGCCAAUAACUACGCUAAGAAGAUCCACGCGACGAUGUGUGGUUGACAAUAAUAAUUUUAAUCAGCAGUUGGCGAAUAUUAAAUUUAAAUCGGGGCAGCUGCAGACGCAUUUGAAAACAGAGAUGGCAAAGCACAAGGAUAAUGACGAUAUUUUAAUGUUAGGCACAAGCCCCAAACAGGAAAAGGCUCAAACAAAAAAAUCAACAAACAAUAACGCAACUAAAAAGAAGCGAAUAAACUCUGAAAACUUGACAGAACAAAACGAAGCAACUGCAAAACGAAUGCGCACACAAACUAAGCUCACAAUUGAAAAAGGGGACCAUAAGAUUGAUACAAAUGAGAAACAACAAGUGCCUGGCAAAUCUAAUUUAGACAAAUUAAAGUCUAAGCCGCCUCGAAUUAGGCGAGCGAAAUCAAAGGCAGUAUUUGUUAGUGCUUCAGUUGAGUUCAUAGCUAAUCAGUUUUUUUUGUUACCACAGAUAAUGGCACCGACUGCUCACAUGCCACCCUCAGCCAUAAAUUUGACGCGAGGGCCAACUAUGAACAAUACUUCAAGCGCAGAAGAAGCUGUAACUCUAGAAGUUGUUGAAGCGGAAGAUCUCAGUAGUCUAAUGAUAGUGACAGAGAGAGACAGCGAAAAAAAAGAACCUGUUAAUGUUGACAAAAAUGCUGAGCAAGAAAAUGUUGAUUUCAAUCAAUUGUUGGCCAAUGAUGAAUCUCUUGAUGUUGAUAUAAUUAAUGUUACUGAAGACGACGAACCUUUUCAAGGAUUUGACGAAAAGACGAAAAACGAAAUUUAUCGCGAUUUGGCCAAUUCAACACAAUAUCUUGACAAUUUGGCCACCGAAUUGGCGGAUGAAAUUCACUCCGAAUUGGAUUCAAUAUUACACAAUGAUCGCAGCUUAUGCGAUCAGAAUGCGGCGCUGCAAAAUGAUCCCAAAUUAACAAAGGAAUCCAUAGAUUUGCUUGAAGAAAUAGCCGAUCUUUCGCUUACAAAUGAUUUAUUUAUGUCUUCGGAGGCAGCUACAAACAGCUUGGCAACGAACUUUAAUUUAUUAGAACAGAAUACAAUGUUAGACGAUGAGCUUAACUUAACACAGGAAUCCAUAGAAAUAUUGCAGAAUAAUAUCCACUCAAUGGAAAUAAGUCGAACGAUGCUACAAAAUGAUCUAUAUUUGUCCACGGAGACAGGAUCAGAAAAUGCAUCGAUAGAACAUGAUCUCAACUUGACAAACUUAGCAACAGAUGCUCAGAACAGUACAUUCUUGUACCAGUAUGCGUCAAUAUCACAGGGUAAUCUUAACUCAUUGGUUCCACGAGCAAUACUUCAAAGUGAUCGAAGCUCUGCCACGGCUCUUCCACGGAUACCGCAUCAGAAAGUAUCGCCGUGA